AUGCGCCCUUUGACGCCGCUGACCCUCGCUAUCGUGCAUCCGAUAAACAUUUCCGUCGCCAUCGAGCUGUCGCACCCGCUGUCUCAAGGCUCAGUGCACAUCACCAGCGCCACGGACGAGCACACCGAUACCAACGAGGGAGUGAGUGUUGACCCCCACUAUCUUGUGAACUCGCUGGACCUCAAGAUUCUGGCUCGCCAGGUCCGCUUUACCAAGGACGCCAUUACCCGCGCGGAGCCGAUUGUGCGCCACCUCAAGUCUUACUACCAAGAGACUGUGCCUACCAUUAUACUGGCAAGUGCUCCAUGA